AUGAGAUUGAGAACCAGUUCAGUGUUACGGUUGAUCAGACCAAGCAUCGUCACCGACGUCAAGUCGACCCGACCCUUUGUUUGCGCGAGCUGUCGAAGAUUCUCCGUCCUUAAUCGACCUCCUCCAAAAUAUGACGCUCACGUUCCCCUUACUCUUGCCGAGCGAACGGCACUUACCUUAGGCUCCGGGGUGUUGUCAUUCUUAAAUCCGCGACGCGGCGAUAUGAUAGCUGCAUUCGGUGAACUCACUGCACAGCCUUAUUUUAUUAACCGACUCCGCAACAUCAUGCUUGCCGACACGACAGGCCGCCGGAUUCUGCGAGAUCGUCCGCGAAUGUCCUCUUCCACCAUUCCGCUCUCUUACCUGAGUAAGCUUCCGUCCAACACCGUCGGCGCCGCAUUCUACACCUGGCUGGAACGAGAACACCUGGAACAGGAUACACGAGCGGCGGUUAGAUAUAUAGAUGACGAGGAGUGUGCCUAUGUGAUGCAGAGGUAUCGUGAGUCCCACGAUUUCUACCACGCAGUGACGGGUCUACCAACGAUGCGAGAGGGUGAGGUGGCCCUCAAAGCCUUCGAAUUCGCGAACACUCGGCUCCCGAUGACAGGUCUCGCGGUUGCUUCGGUGUUCACGCUCAAGCCGGCCGAGAAGCGAAGAUUUUGGGAGACGUACGGGCCCUGGGCGUUUCGCAAUGGAACACACUCGCAUGACGUGAUCAACGUAUAUUGGGAGGAGGAGCUGGAAACUGAUGUCCAGGAACUGAGAAAUCGACUUGGUAUAGAGCAGCCUCCCGAUCUGCGGGCCAUACGAAAGGCCGAAAGAGACAAGAGAAAGGCAGCGAAGGCAGCGGAGGAAACAAUUAUCCCUUGA